AACAGAAGAACACUCGUAAUACACAACCUGUGUGAAGUACAUGACAUAUAUGAGAUAUGGUUCACCUCGUUUCAGUGACUCUGCUCUUCUCAGUUUCAGUGAUCUGGCAACCAUCAGCAACAUGGGAGAGAUGAAGAAGCUGAAUCACACACUGAUGAAGGAAAAUGCAAAGAAAGCUUGGAUUGGUCUACAGAGAGCAGGACCUGGGAGAUGGCUGUGGUCUCUGGAAGACCAAACUUUCUACAGAGACAGAGUCACUUACACAAACUGGGACAGUGGACAACCAAAUAAUGCUGGGGAAGUUGAGUACUGUGUGGGAUAUAAUAAGUACAAUAAAUUAUGGGAUGAUAAUCAAUGUGAAACGUUGUUUCCUUUUGUAUGUUAUGAAGUUGGAGGAGCGGCUGCGCUGUUUAAGCGUUUCAUGACGCGCAGACAGGGAAAGCUUGCCGGCGCGCUGGUGAAACUCAGACAGCGCGGUUUAAAAACACCGCUGCCAAGCAUUCAUCUGGCGAAUCUCCGCUCUCUAUCCAACAAAACAGACCAACUCCUUCUGCUAACCCGGAAAAAUAAGGAUUUUUCGAACUCUGCUGCUCUCUGUUUCACGGAAACCUGGCUGAACGACUCUGUUCCGGACAGCGCGUUAAGUUUGCCGGGCUUUCAGCUCUUCAGAGCGGGCUGCGACGCAGAAUAA